AUGGCGAUUUUUAAACUAACUUUGAACUUGUUUCAGCAGUGGCCAGUAACCUGCCAGCCUCUUAAACGUAACUUUUACUUCAAUAUCUAUGGAAAGAAGACUACGUCCACUAAGGUUUCUGAAUCGAUUUCUACUCAGUAUCCAGUAGUGGACCAUACAUUUGAUGCAGUUGUUGUGGGAGCCGGGGGAGCAGGUUUGCGGGCUGCUUUUGGUUUGUCAGAAGCUGGAUUUAAUACAGCAUGUGUUACAAAGCUGUUCCCUACCAGAUCCCACACUGUUGCUGCACAGGGUGGAAUUAAUGCUGCUUUGGGAAACAUGGAAGAAGACAACUGGAGAUGGCACUUCUAUGACACUGUAAAAGGAUCUGACUGGCUGGGCGAUCAGGAUGCCAUUCACUACAUGACAGAACAAGCACCUGCUGCAGUUAUAGAGCUAGAAAACUAUGGAAUGCCAUUUAGCAGAACGGAAGAAGGAAAGAUCUAUCAACGUGCCUUUGGUGGGCAGAGCCUUCAAUUUGGGAAAGGGGGACAGGCUCAUCGCUGCUGUUGUGUUGCAGACAGAACAGGACACUCACUGUUGCAUACACUGUAUGGCAGGUCCCUAAGAUAUGAUACCAGCUAUUUUGUGGAGUAUUUUGCCUUGGACCUUCUUAUGGAAGAUGGAGAAUGCUGUGGUGUUAUUGCACUAUGCAUAGAAGAUGGUUCCAUACAUCGUUUCAGAGCCAAGAACACUGUCAUUGCCACUGGUGGGUAUGGUCGCACCUACUUCAGCUGCACAUCUGCUCAUACCAGCACAGGUGAUGGCACAGCUAUGGUCACACGAGCUGGCCUGCCUUGCCAGGAUUUGGAAUUUGUACAGUUUCACCCUACAGGUAUCUAUGGUGCUGGUUGUCUUAUUACAGAAGGCUGUCGUGGUGAAGGAGGCAUUCUUAUUAACAGUGAAGGUGAAAGAUUUAUGGAGAGAUAUGCACCUGUUGCUAAGGAUCUAGCUUCCAGGGAUGUAGUAUCUCGAUCUAUGACAAUAGAGAUUCGGGAAGGAAGGGGUUGUGGGCCUGAAAAAGAACAUGUAUAUUUGCAGUUGCACCAUUUACCACCACAGCAGCUAGCAGCACGUCUCCCUGGAAUUUCAGAAACAGCUAUGAUAUUUGCUGGUGUAGAUGUCACUAAAGAGCCUAUUCCUGUUCUUCCUACUGUACAUUACAAUAUGGGAGGCAUUCCUACUAACUACAAAGGGCAGGUGAUUACACAUGUGAACGGCCAAGAUAAAGUAGUACCUGGUUUGUAUGCUUGUGGUGAAGCAGCUUCUGCAUCUGUUCAUGGUGCUAAUCGACUUGGAGCAAACUCUUUGUUGGAUUUGGUGGUCUUUGGUCGUGCUUGUGCCCUCACCAUUGCAGAAACUUGCAUGCCUGGCAAACCUGUUCCCUCAAUUAAACCAAAUGCUGGUGAAGAAUCUGUUGCAAAUCUUGACAAACUACGAUUUGCUGACGGAAGCAUAAGAACAUCAGAACUGAGGCUUAACAUGCAAAAGACGAUGCAAACCCAUGCUGCAGUGUUUCGUACGGGCUCUGUACUACAAGAAGGCUGUGAGAAGCUAAGCAGCAUUUACCAUGAUUUGGACAAGCUGAAAACAUUUGACAGAGGUAUUGUGUGGAAUACUGACUUGGUGGAGACCUUGGAACUGCAAAAUCUGAUGCUUUGUGCUCUGCAAACUAUUUAUGGUGCUGAGGCUCGGAAGGAAUCUCGUGGUGCACAUGCCAGAGAAGACUACAAGGUAAGGGUAGACGAAUAUGACUACUCCAAGCCAACACAGGGGCAGCAGAAAAAAACAUUUGAACAGCAUUGGAGGAAACACACUCUUUCUUAUGUGGAUAUCAAGACUGGGAAGGUUACUUUGGAAUACAGACCUGUAAUUGAUCAUACUUUAAAUGAAGAAGAUUGCGCAACAGUUCCACCUGCUAUUCGGUCUUACUAAUGACUGUUGGCUGUGUAAAUCAGUUUAUGGAAACGUAUGCCAGAGUUUGUAUAUGAACAAUUUAUAUUGUGUGUUUAAAAAGUGCUGUUACAUGAGUGACAGAUGAAGAAUACCAUCCUAGAGAUUAAUCAACCUGAUGCUUUGCUUGGCUAGCAUAUAACUAUGAAAUUGGAGUGCAGAAUGCCUUAUAUGCAUACUCAUGUAAAAAAAAAAAAGUGAAAAUUGUUCAUGCCUAAAUAAAAUCUAAAACACUCCUGUAUGUGUGUUGCAGUGUUUAGCUUUAUCUGCAUAUUUGCACUGGAAUAAACUUUGUGCACUUUUUUGAAAUGUGCAUUCAAUUUCCCUCAUUUUAAAAAUUAAAGGUUAAAGGAUUAAUGCCACAUACAGCUUCAGAUACUGAUUUUUUUUUUUAAUUGGAUAGUUUCAAAAUUAUGCUCCGAACAACACUUAACUCUGCCUUUCUGCAAAUUAUUUAUGUAUAUAAAUAUGAUAGUAUGAACUGUGACUUUCCAGACUUUAAUUUUAGAAAUUAAAGUUCCUAACUUUGCAUUUGUACAUAGUAGACCACCCCCAUUUUUAUUUUAAGAAAGUGGUUUAUUUUACUUUGAAGUAAAUAGUUCUGAGAGAAUUGCCUACACUCAGAGCACGUUGAAUAGGCCAAAUACAUUCUUAUUACCUAUGCCAAAAGAUUUGAGAAAAUGAAACUUGGAGACUAUUUCAGUUGAGUACCAUUAUUUUUUCUAAGAAAGGGGGAAAUAGUGCAUUCAUUAGGAAAAGGGUUUUUUUUCUCUUCACAAAGAACAAAGG